CGCGAGUUGCCCUCUCACUAAUAGCCAAUCAGAACUCCUCUGUCGCUUCUUGAAAACAUGUCGCCCAUGAAGCUGUGUGUUCCAGGUGAAAGGCUCUGCAGCACGGAGGACUGUAUUCCCGGGAACGGCACGUAUCUGCGGCACGGCUCCAUCUUCGCUUCACUCGCGGGAUACGUGCUGAGGAAGAACGAGGGAGAGGAGCUCCCGGUGAUUUCAGUCGUAAGGGAGACAGAAGCACAGCUUUUGCCUGACGUCGGUGCCAUUGUCACCUGUAAGGUGACAAGUAUCAACCCACGAUUUGCUAAAGUCCACAUCUUAUACGUGGGGUCGACUCCGCUAAAAGACAGGUUUAGAGGCACGAUCAGAAGAGAAGACGUGAGAGCGAUGGAGAAAGACAAGGUGGAGACGUACAAAAGCUUCAGGCCAGGCGACAUUGUCCUUGCAAAAGUGAUCUCUUUGGGCGACGUGCAGUCGAACUAUCUGCUGACCACAGCAGAGAACGAGUUGGGUGUAGUGGUGGCCCACAGCGAGGCGGGCGCUCAAAUGGUGCCCAUCAGCUGGUGUGAAAUGCAGUGUCCACGUACACAUGCCAAAGAGUUUCGCAAGGUCGCGCGGGUACAGCCGGAGUACCUGCAGGCCUGAGCCACGCCCACCUCACCCGCUGACCACACCCACCGGAACACACAGCUUCAAAGACACGCCCCCUCGAGCAGAACUCUCAGCCCAGUAACUGAUUGGAAUUCUAGGAGUGAAUCUGGAUUGUCACAUUCCACACUGCUUGUGAUGCACACUACUCGGUGAAUACUGCAUGAGUAUCACAUUACCGUAGUUGCAUUCUGGUAUUUCUGCUGCUCUGACACACCCGUGAUUGCAAUGUCGCAUGUUCAGAUGUCUUUUGGAAGCUCUGAUUGUGGAAGCUCAUAUUGUGUUGAUGGACUUCCAUUUUAAAUGGUCCUGAAUGUUUAGAGCUUCUUUAAACACUGAGUUGGAACAACUGUAUGGAUGAGUCUUAGUAAAACGUACUACUUUUGGUCACAUUUCAUCACAAAAUCAAAAGAAAAAAAUAAGAAAUUAUAUUGUGUAAAGCAACUGAAGCCUGUUUUAACGACAUAUUUUUUGCAUUGUAUAAAUGGAGCUCCAAAUCCCACAGCUCUUUUCCAAACGUGGAAAUUUGAAGUUUAUGGAGUAAUAACAUUUGGCAGCACUGUUUUCUAACUCUUUGAAGCAAAUGAACUGCAAAAAUAGUCACCAGAGAUUAAUUUUCUCUUGCCGCUUUUAUUCAGAACAUCUGGAAAUGUCUUCAUUUGAUACGUUUUCUUUAUUCUGUCUUUUGCCUGUAACCGUUUUGAGAGGACGUGUUUACAAGAGAAAAAAAUAAAUAAAGGUCAGUUCCAUUUGUCCUG